AAUUUGAUAAAAAGAACUAAAAUUUUAUUAUAUGUAAUAUACGUAUUACACUUGAGUAUUUUCUUCAUAAUUUUGAAUUCAUCGCAAAAUAAUAAAGUUUAGUGGACCUAUUCUUUCCAUGUGAUUUAUCAUCUGAACAUUGUGAAUUUCUUUCGAAAAUUAGUGCUUAAAAAUGAAAAUUAAGGAACAAGUAAAUUCACAAAAAAUUUAUGAAUUCAAAAUUACUAAUGGUACUAUUUUAUCUAUAAAACAACAAAAUGAUUCUUUAAAUCAUGGCACCACAAUAUGGGAUUCUUCAAUCAUAACUGCUCGAUACAUGCAAUAUCUUUUACGUUCUUCCAAUGAUUCAUUAAAUGAUAAGAAGUGCAUUGAAUUGGGAAGCGGUUGUGGUUUAUUGGGUUUAGUUAUGUGUUCUAUGGGCCUACAAACGACCCUAACAGAUUUAGAAUAUGUAGUAAUAAAUAUUCUUCGAGAUAAUGUAAAAUAUAACUUGUGGAUAUUAAAUCAACAACGGAAAGAAAAUAGUUGUCUCUUAAAUGCACAAGUAAAAGUUUUGGAUUGGACUAUAACACAGUUGCAACCUCCGGAAUUUACACCACCUUACGAUUACAUUGUUGCGACUGAUUGUAUAUAUUCUUUAGAUCUUAUUCAUCAUUUUGUCAGAUGUAUAAAUGAACUAGCUAAUGAAAAAUCUAUUAUUUUUUGCGGAUUGGAAAGAAGAGAUCCAUUGGUUACUGAAACUUUUGUAAAUGCAUGUAAAAUUGGAUUUAAUGUUGUUAAAAUUCCUGAAAAAAGGUUGAGAAAAAUAAUUUCUAAAGAUCUAGACAAUGAUAUUAGCAAUGUAAAUGUGGAAAUUUAUCGAUUAAAAAAAAAGAAUCAUUAGAAAGAAUAUGGAUUUACAAUUUUACAUUAUUCCAUUCAGAAUUUACUCUUUCUUAAUGAUUAAUUAUUAAAGGGUUUUCUGUAAGUAGGACUUCCGUCCAAUUUCGUGUCGACUUGAAUGUCUUGCUAUAGGAUGCUUCGAAAUACCAAGAUUGUGAUGCGAUAUUUCAUCGGAUACCACUCACAGUGUUCAGCUAAGAAAGGGAUUUAUAGCAUUUUUAGAAAAGCAUGACAUUUGCGAGUAUUUUACAUUUAGAUUGUUUAUUAAUUUGUUAAACAAAUUAGCCCAUGAAUGUUAAGAUGUUAUAAGCUGAAGUGUUAAUCAUUUGCCGUGAAUUCGC